UCCCGAACCCCCCUCCCUCUCCUCCCUCUUUCACUCUAUCUCACCCUGUCCAACUCUCUUCAUCUUUCUCCCUGCACUCUCCUUUACAACACACACACACACACACAGCGUUGUCAACAAAGCCGGACGCUGGGGGAAUAAAGGUCCACGGAGGAGGAGAGGAACUCUCAGGACCCCUACUUCGGUCUACCUGGUUAACUUGACAGGGAGGAGUAAACAGGGGCGAUCACACGCAGAGGACGGGGGCUCCUUUAUUUCUCUCCAUGCUGGUCUGGAUGCUCGUAGUAUGUAUGAGAAGUUAACCAUGCUGAACCUGCAGAGUGGCUCCAACUGGAGCGGGCCCAACAACUGGUACCAUGAUCCUACCGGCGUUCAGACGCAGCACAGCACAGUGUCCGAGGGCUGCAUGCUGGACACAGAGGGCAGCAUGGGGGGAGAGGCGGGGGGAGGAGGAUCUGGCAGAGGGGGAGGAGGAGGAGGAGGAGGAGGAGUCCCUGUGGAGCGGGACGAAGGCGAGGAGUCUCAACUGAGGCUGCAGCUCAAGAGGAAACUGCAGAGGAACAGGACCAGCUUUACACAGGAGCAGAUCGAGGCUCUGGAGAAAGAGUUUGAAAGGACACAUUACCCAGAUGUUUUCGCAAGGGAAAGGCUGGCAAACAAGAUCGAUUUACCUGAGGCCAGGAUACAGGUGUGGUUUUCCAACCGGAGAGCUAAGUGGAGGAGGGAGGAGAAGCUGCGCAACCAGAGGAGGUCAGGUGGCGUUACCUCCUGCUCACAGAGCCAAGCCCCUUUGAGCACCUCCUUCAACACGUCCGUCUACCACCAGCAGCACGGCAGUAGUUCAGGGUCCAUGUUGAGUCAGACGGAGUCGUCCCUGCCCAGCUACAGCUCGCUGUCUGUUUUCUCACCUGGAGUCCAGUCUAUUCCUCCCCAGUCGGCCUCCUCGUACUCCUGCAUGUUACCUCCAUCACCCUCUGCGCCCCGCACCUUUGACUCGUCGGCGUACUCCUCCCCUCACCUGCAGACUCCGCCCUCAGCCAGCUCCAACACAGGACUCAUAUCUCCUGGGGUUUCAGUGCCGGUCCAGGUCCCAGGAACUGAGCCGCAGAGCAUGAGUCAGAACCUGGGGCAGUACUGGGCCAGAUUACAGUGAGCUCCAGAUGAUUGCUGAUUGACAGAUUGACAGAAGAAGAAGGAGGAAGAAGAAAGUCAUGUAAAAGUCGUGUCAACAUAACAAGAUUAGGGUACAUGUUUUAAGGAAGCACAGGUCUGAGCUAUAAAGAAGGCUUGAAGGGUUGCAGACCCCGAAAUGCAUUAAAUGUUUACAGAAUCAACCAAAAGCAGCUUUGGUUGCACUUCACGGUAUUCUGCUGGUACUGGUAUUGUCUCUGUAUGGUUAGGAGACAUGGGUUGACUAAUUUACAGGAGGUCUGAAGAAGCAGGACCAAAGAAGGAUGUGCUUUAAAGUAUUUACAAGUAUUUUGUCACAUUAUAACCACAAACUUCAGUAUAUUUUAUGCCAUGGACAAACACAGCCAGCGCUUAAAUGUAAAGUAGAAGAAAAUGAUCCAUUGGUGGUAUGCAGUUGUAUUUGUUCCCCUUUACUCUGAUACCACUAAAUAAAAUCCAGUGUACACAAUUGCUUUCACCUCAGCAAUAUAAAGAGGCCACCGGUGUGUGAUUUAAAAUGUAAAUGUUUUAUAAAUAGGAAUCUGAAAAGUGUGGUGGGCGUUUGGAUUUAGUUUACCUGAGUCAACACUUUCUAAAGCCUCCUAUUGCUGCAUUUAGGUCACAGCUGUAAGGCUUUUUGGGGGAUUUUUCCACUAGCGUUGCACUUCUAGAGGCUGGUUUACAAAAUAACAUUAUUAACACCAGUUUAGAGGUUUGCUAGACAUUCUGAAUUGGUUUUAAAUCUGGACUUUGACUAGGCCUUUCUAAUGCAUAAACAUGCUUUAAUUUAAACCCUUCCAUUGUUUCUCCGGUUGUUCUGCAGGAACUCAAGCGGUCUCAAGUCUUUUUCUGGUUUUCUUCCAGGAUUAUGCUGUAUUUAGCUCCAUCCAUUUCCCAUCAACUGACCAGCUUUCCUGUCCCCCGCUGAAGAAAAGCAUCCCCACAGCAUGAUGCUGCCACCACCAUGUUUUUCCCUGGGCAUGGUUGAUUAAUGUUCUCCAAAAAAAUAUUAGGUCUUCACAGCAGACCAUUUAAACAGAGAUUAAAUCACACCGAUGUUAAUUCUAAAGACUAGUUGUUGCACAAGAUUUUUAUUUAUGGGUAUUAGAAUAUAGGGGGCUGAAUAUAGAACAGAUACCUGAAUUUUAUUUAAAAACCCUGUUUGCCUUUUCUUCUGAUUCACAAUUAUGCAAUGCUUCGUGUUAGUCUGCCACACAAUGCCCAAAUAAAAUACACUGAUGUUUGUGGUUGCAAAGUUAAAAUAUGGAAAACAUUAAAAGGGUAUGGAUAUUUUAGCAAGGAACCAUAAGAUUAAAAUAAUCAGAAUUAAAUUCAAACUAAGGUUUAUUUUUUUGUCCUCUACUGUUGCAGAAAGAAAAACUGUUUCUAACUUUGGGAAAUUUGUUUCAGAAAUCUGAAGGUGCACAUUGUGAGAAAAGCGCAGGGUUUUAACCAAAGCUGUGCCGCAAGCACAAGAAAGGAAAUCAGUCAUACCAAGUAAAUACCAGCAUAUAUCAGGUGUAAUGUGAAGUGUAAGCACUGUUUCUUGUUACUUGAACAGCUUAACCAUAUUGUGAUAAACUAGCUUGUUCCCUAAGCGUAAGCUGUGAGACUACUGUGAAGAUUUUAGACUUGCUUAUGGCAAUCACUUGUACUUAAAACUUUGAAAAUCUACUAUAAAAAAGUGUAAAUCCUGCCUAUCCUGACUGCACUGAGACUGCAUAUUUUUGUACAGACGUCUGUGGGUGAAGACCAUAACUGUGGAAGACUGCUGGGUGUUAUUAGAGAGAAUAAUGUAACAUGAUAUGGGCUCCAAUCAUCCUAAAAGCACAAGUUAAUUAGUCAGAAUAAAAGUUUUGCCAUUCUGUCAGGUUAGCCACAAAACAAGAAAAGUAACUGGAGCAAAGCUCUGAAUUUCCUCUAUAUUUGAUAUUAAUUGGAGAAUAUUUUUAUUCAGUCAAUUAGACAACAAUAACAGCUUGUAAAGAGUAAAGCAGAGAUAAAAACUCUGACUCACAAAGGUUUUUUGUACAUUACUAACGACACUUUUUCUUCAGCGCGGGACAAUCAGGAAUUCUUGCACACCAAACGAAAAUACAAACACUUUAAAGUGACAAUCGAAGCUGGAGGAAAACCAUGAACCAACUGUAAAACCACUGCAGCUCUGUGAAUCUAACAGCAAUGACUUGAAGCAACUGUGCAUGACCAAAAGAUGGCGCUAGAGACAAUCAGCUACUCAGAGACCAAUCAAAUAUUGUACAGAAGCCUUUAUUGUACUUUUACAGAUAUUGAGGCGCUACUCACUUUUUUCCUCUGACUACUGGUUUUGUUGAUGCAACUUACAUGAAAUGUCCUUAAAAACUCCUAUUUAUUUGUGUUUUCACUUGUUCUCACGGGUCAUUUGUGUUGGAGUUUCAUUGUUGUUAUGUGUUGUGUUAGUACUCAAUAGCUACCAAGAGUCAACCCUUUUUUUGUGAAGGCCUUGGAUCCCUUUAACGAAAAUAAAACAGUGUGUGAUAAACCUAA